AUGGGAAAAGGUCCAGGUCUCUACGCCGAUAUUGGCAAGAAGGCCAGAGAUCUUAUCUAUAAGGACUACCAGAGCGACCACAAGUUCACUGUCACUACCUAUACUUCCACUGGAGUUUCAAUCACUUCAACUGGGAUCAAGAAAGGUGAGCUGUUUUUAGCGGAUGUUAGCAGUCAGCUAAAGAACAAAAACAUCACAACUGAUGUAAAAGUGGAUACGAACUCCAAUCUUCUCACGACUAUUACUAUUGACGAACCUGCUCCUGGGCUCAAGACUAUUUUUAGCUUCAAAGUUCCUGAUCAGAGAUCUGGCAAGGUGGAACUCCAGUACCAGCAUGAGUAUGCCGGAAUAAGCACUAGCCUUGGUUUGACUGCAAAUCCCAUUGUUAACUUCUCAGGCGUGGUCGGGAACAAUGCUGUUGCUCUAGGGACUGAUCUCUCAUUUGAUACUGCCUCUGGGAACUUUACUAAAUGCAAUGCAGGGUUGAGUUAUACAAAUGCCGACCUAAUUGCUUCUCUGACAGUUCUCCCUUUUCUGAUGGGAGUUAUUUUUGUUGAUGACCACAGCAAUGACAAGGGAGACUCCCUUAAUGCUUCCUACUAUCACUCAGUGAGCCCAUUGACCAACACAGCCGUUGGGGCGGAGCUGACCCAUAGCUUUUCAAGCAAAGAAAACACUUUGACCAUUGGCACGCAGCAUGCACUUGACCCCCUGACUUCAGUGAAGGCUCGGUUGAACAACUAUGGGAAAGUGAGUGCUCUUAUCCAGCAUGAGUGGCGCCCUAAGUCUCUAUUCACAAUCUCGGGGGAGGUCGACACGAAGGCAAUUGAAAAGAGUGCUAAGGUUGGAUUGGCCUUGGCUUUCAAGCCCUAG